AUGCCUACCCGCCUCUCGAAGACCCGCAAGCACCGCGGCCACGUGUCCGCCGGUCACGGACGUGUCGGCAAGCACCGCAAGCAUCCCGGUGGUCGUGGUAUGGCCGGUGGUCAGCACCACCACCGUACCAACCUUGACAAGUACCACCCUGGUUACUUCGGUAAGGUUGGUAUGCGCUACUUCCACAAGCAGCAGAACCACUUCUGGAAGCCCGUCGUCAACCUCGACAAGCUGUGGUCGCUCGUUCCCCUCGAGCAGCGUGACGCCUACAUCAAGGGCGAGAAGAAGGACGUCAUCCCCGUCAUCGACCUCCUGCCCUUCGGCUACUCCAAGCUGCUCGGCAAGGGCCGCAUCCCCGAGAUCCCCCUCGUCGUCAAGGCCAGGUGGGUCAGCAAGCUGGCUGAGAAGAAGAUCACCGAGGCCGGCGGUGUCGUCGAGCUCGUCGCAUAA